UUUAAAUAGAUUGACCUGACGGUCUGCCGCACUGCAUUCUAAUGAAUCCUGAAUGUUCUGACCGAAUCUUUUCAGUCAGUGAUCUUUUUACAGCGAUUGUAAUUUUACACGUAAUGCGAUGACAUUUUGCAGACGAAAACUGCAUUCAGCAUCAUAUGAAAAGAAAUCAAUGUCACCUCUGUCGCUGCUGUCACGCUCAUUCUUGACCCAGAUGACUUCAUACACCUAGAUAUCGUUUUUACUGUAUCUCACUCAAUCAGAGAGGGUUACAGUGGGGUUCGGACUGAAAUAUCACGCAACAGAUAACCCGAAGGAUCAACAGUUUGAUCAAAGCUUACAAUACCCAAUCCCACUGGAGCUCGUUCAUCAAGGUUAUCUGUGUCAUGCAGCAGAAAGUGUGCACACGCAACACAGCGCUGUUUGUGAAGAACGGUCAGGCGUGUGGAGCCGGGGUCCCUCCUCAACUUCCUUUCCGCUGCCCGCGAUGUGGAGAGCACCAACGUUUCCACAGUCUUUCUUCCCUCAGAGCUCACCUUGAAUACAGCCACCCGUUCCACACUAAACAUGACAUCAGCCUCCUAUCCACAGGGGAUUUAUGUAAUCUCCAAAUCUCCAAUUCCGACAUGCAUAAAGUACGUGAUGCCGGCACCAAUACUAACUCAACCACGAGAGGAGAGCGCAAACACAUAUUCGCAGCCGACCAAGCUCCAUCCCAGCAUCCCGCAGGGCAAAAGCUCAUGCCCCCCGAGAGGAGCUUCAGCGUUGGGGACGCAUCAGCUGGUGCUGGGCCCCUCUCGGCUCCGGUGGCGUGCGUGGAGAAGCGGCUGGAGGGGAUGAUGAGGACAGCCAAUAGCAGCAUGGAGCGGCGUCUGCUACGGCUGAGCUCAGAGCUAGCGCAGACAGACACGGCUAUCCUGUGUGAGCGCGCUCACUCGCAUCACCUGGCCCAGGAGAAACAGGUAGUGCUGGAGCGAGAGCGGGCGCUCAGCCGACAGGUAGACGCCGCUGUGAUGGUGAUCGCCACGCUGAGGCAGCAGCUCAGCAUCUCGGAGCACGAGCUGGAGCGGAGAGAACAGGAAGUUGUCACCAUCCAGAAGUUUCUGGAAGCAGCGGCGCAGCAUGAGAUGUGUGGGAAGGUUCGUUUGCGACGGUUCAUUGAAAGCCUCUUGCGGCGGAUCUCCCUGGCCGAGAGACUACUGGAGUAUUAUCAGAGCGUCCCUCACAGGCAUUACUGCACGGCUCACUCUGUGCCUCUGCCAUCAGAGUUCGGUCCACAUAGAAUAACACAAAGCAGGUCUUCAGGAGAGCAUCUUGAGCAGGAUGAAGAGCAGCAGUUGCUUGGUCAGUCUGGAUGGGAACUGUUGGAAGGUUCUGCUGGGAGACUGGGUUACGACAGCUGGUCCCAGCAGAGGAGGUCAGAUGGGUAUGAGGUUUAGGG